AUGAUUGUUGUUGUUCGAAAUUUCGUACACCGACCGUGUUUCGUUUUCCGUGCUAUUGACUUACCGGAUGAUACCUUGCUCGCUAAAUUACUUCCCGAACUUCACGCCUCCGCUUUCAACACUCAAUGGUAUAAACUCAUUCAAACAUCAUGCUGGAGACUCUGUGCCGCCAAUUCCAUUCCGUUAGACAAACGCUCCUUUCGAAAACAUCGUCGAGAAUUUCUUGAAGAGAGUUUUCAACAACUACGUGACGAGACACAUUCUGUUUUGCUUUCCUCUUGCCGCCCUAAUCUGAUUAUUGACCCGAUACUCUGGUUACCCAUGACACACAGUGAGCGUAGUCGAACUAUUCGAUGGCGUCUUGGUUGGUUACCCGGAGGAAUACCUAAAGCCUGUCCAUAUCAUCCUCAUGUACACUUUAGUCGGUCACACGCCACUGAAUGCUUGCACAUGCACACUCGUUUAUUCUUGCCACGAUCAAUUGCAGAUCCCCUUUCCUUUCUUUUAAAUCAUCUCCCUCAGCAUAAGCACCGAAAUUCUCAGGAUGUUUCUGCUUGGUUCUAUCGCUGGCCAGUUAUGUGUACCAUUCUACAGGAAAUAGAUUAUUUAAUGCACGAUAAACUACCCCCUCCACUUCUUGAUCCAGGCAGAAAAUUACUCAACUGGUUGUCUCUUUAAACUUGUUAGCAAUAUUCCCCUUUCUUUCUCACUUUCUCUUCUUCCUUUCCUUUACCUUUUUACCUCUUGUCCCAUAAGAGGGUUUUUAGAUACUUUUUUCACAUAAUUUGAACUGACCUGGGCAAUCCAAUAUAAU